AUGGGACAAGUAUAUGAAGAUAGACUAUACGUGUCCUUAGAUGAGUUAGGUUUUGAUGCUGAAAACGCUACCAACAGGGGAAAGAUGAGGAGAAAUAACUAUGAUUAUGACACCAAAGUCUUCAAAUCUAAGAACCUUGAAACGGAAAGGAAGAGGAGGGAGAAGCUUAGUUCCAGGCUAUUGAUGCUGCGGUCUUUAAUGAACAAAGCAACCAUUGUUGAGGAUGCCAUCACUUACAUCAACAUGUUGCAAGACAAAGUUCAGAGUCUCACCCAAGAGCUUCAAGAAAUGGAAGCAACUUCGGAGGAAAUAACAGAGCCAAAGAGAGAUGAAUUUAAUGCAUCAGAAGAGAUGAAGAAAUGGGGAACACUGAUUCAAGAAGAGGUUCAGGUGACAAAAAUUGGUGGGAAUAAAAUGUGGGUGAAGAUGAUCAUUGAGAAGAAAAGGGGAAGGUUCAAGAAAUUGAUGGAGACCAUGAAUACUUCUGGCAUUGAGCUGAUAGAUACCAAUGUAACAACUAUAAAUGGAGCCUUUCUUAUUACAACCUGCAUGCAGGGCUUGGACGAGAAAACACGUGAAGUUCAGCAAACCGAAGAGUUAUUGCUAGAUAUAAUCAGUGGCACACAGAGCAAUUGA